CGCUUGGGCUGGGGGGGGGGCCGGGGGAGGUGGAGGUGGGUUUGGGUUUUUGGGGGGGGGCCGACCCCGUCCCGGGUUAGGCUCGGAUUUCUUCUGGGCAAUUUUUUUUCGGCCGGCGAAACUUUGGGCUCCGAAGAUGCCGUUCCACCCGGUGACCGCCGCGUUGAUGUACCGGGGCAUCUACAGCGUGCCCCCGCUGCUGGCAGAGCAGCACCCCGUGGACAUCCCCGAGGACGAGCUGGAGGAGAUCCGCGAAGCCUUCAAGGUGUUCGACCGGGACGGCAACGGCUUCAUCUCCAAGCAGGAGCUGGGCACGGCCAUGCGCUCGCUGGGCUACAUGCCCAACGAGGUGGAGCUCGAGGUCAUCAUCCAGCGCCUCGACAUGGACGGUGACGGGCAGGUGGACUUCGAGGAGUUCGUGACGCUGCUGGGCCCCAAGCUGUCCACCUCGGGCAUCCCGGAGAAGUUCCACGGCACGGACUUCGACACCGUCUUCUGGAAGUGCGACAUGCAGAAGCUGACGGUGGACGAGCUGAAGCGGCUGCUGUACGACACCUUCUGCGAGCACCUCUCCAUGAAGGACAUCGAGAACAUCAUCAUGACGGAGGAGGAGAGCCACAUGGGCACGGCCGAGGAGUGCCCCGUGGACGUGGAGACCUGCUCCAGCCAGCAGAUCCGGCAGACGUGCGUGCGCAAAAGCCUCAUCUGCGCCUUCGCCAUCGCCUUCAUCAUCAGCGUCAUGCUCAUCGCCGCCAACCAGGUGCUGCGCAGCGGCAUGAAGUAGGACCAGGGGACACCAGGGGACACCGGGGGACACCGGGGGACACCCUCCUCCCCCCCAAAAAAAAACCUCCCACCCCGGCACAGGGGUGGGGAGCCCGCGGGGCUGCUCGCGCGACGCCCGGACUGCGGCAGAGCCCCGGAACCCCGCCAGCAAGUACCAAGUGCAUGCACCGUGCAUGGAGCCCGCCCGCUGCCCCCCCAAAACCCCAAGCCGGGGGCGAAACGUGCCCGCGGUGCCGGCCCCCCCCUUGCACCCCCCCUGCUGCACCACAUCCAGCCCCUGCAGCUCCGUAUUUAUGGCCGAACCGAGCGCCCCGUGAGCAAUACACGCGCCUGAGAUCUGUAUUUUUGUUCCCAAUUCGGAGAGGGGGGGGCGUUUGCAUGGACCUCGCCGCCAAAGGCUGGAUCUGCCCCCCCCCUGCCUCCGCCGUGCACCCCCCCCAGCCCCGCGCCGUGCCUCAGUUUCCCCAGCUGCCAGAGGGGGCUGCCCGCACGAGGACCCGCUGGGAAGAGCCGCACGUCCCGGCAGCCUGGGGACCCCCCCAUCCAACCCCCCCCCAGCCUGUAUGUAGCACCCGCCGGGCCCCGGCCCGGUUUGGAUUUGGGUCCGUUUCUCAUUCUUUGGAGUUCCGUUCUUAUUUUAUUUUAUUUUUUUCCUUCCUGGUCGGUCGUUUCCGAUCUGAAAUAAAACCGGGAUUUCUGAA